AAGAUGGAUAAGGUACCCAAGAUGAACCUAAAAGAGUAUUUGUAUCUGGGGUCCCCUCGCUCCAGAGCCCCUCCCCCUCCUUUCCUUUCCUCUCCUUUCUCCUUCAACCACUUCAAACAGCUUCAGCUCAGCUCCAGUCAAUCGAACAACAUUACUUGAUCAAAACCUCCUUCUUCGAGACUCUGGUCAAUCUUGUCCCAUCUCACCACCAACGCCACCCCCUCCUCUACCUGAAAUCGUCACCUACCAAGGAUCGAGGCAACUGACCCUCGAUCACAACAGUCGUCAAGACGUUUUCCAACCUUCUCAACUCCGUGCAUCACCCGUUCGCCGGAGCCCGUUGCUCAGCCUCGCCCGGUGCAGCAGCGGACUCGAUCGAUACCCAGUAAACGGUCGUCCUUAACUCAGACCCGUACCAUCUUCCUUGCCAAAAGGAAAUACCAACCACUCUUCACGCACCACGUCAAACUCCCCAAGCGCCACACAUCUCACAAUGGCGCCUCACGCGGAAGAGCACACGGGCUCCACGAACGGGGCGGGCUACACCAGCGGUCACGCCACGGCCGCUGCUACCGCAGCCCCCCAAGAUGCAUUCACUGUCAACUCCCCCAACGUCACCUACACCGACGCCGACAUCAAGUCCAAGUACACGUACCGUACCACCAAGGUCGAGGCCGGCGCCGACGGCAAGUACGUCGCCACCCCCCUCGAGACGGCCUAUGACUUCAAGACCGAGCGCAAGGUCCCCAAGACGGGCAUGAUGCUCGUCGGCUGGGGUGGUAACAAUGGUACCACCGUCACGGCCGGCAUCAUCGCCAACAAGCGCGGCCUCGUCUGGGACACCAAGGAGGGCCGCCAGGAGGCCAACUACUACGGCUCCGUCGUCAUGGGCUCGACCGUCAAGCUCGGCACCGACGCCAAGACCCACAAGGACGUCAACAUCCCCUUCAGCCAGGUCCUGCCCAUGGUCCACCCCAAUGACCUUGUCAUCGGCGGCUGGGACAUCAGCAAGAUGAACAUGGCCGACGCCAUGGAUCGCGCCAAGGUCCUCGAGCCCACCCUCAAGGCCCAGGUCAAGAAGGAGAUGAGCGCCAUGGUGCCUCUGCCCUCCGUCUACUACCCUGACUUCAUCGCCGCCAACCAGGAGGACCGCGCCGACAACGUCCUCGAGGGCAGCAAGGCCUGCAACGCCCACGUCGAGAAGCUGCGCCAGGACAUUCGUGACUUCAAGGCCGCCAAUGGCCUCGACAAGGUCAUUGUCAUGUGGACAGCCAACACGGAGCGCUACGCCAGCAUCAUCGAGGGCGUCAACGACACGGCCGACAACAUCCUCAAAUCGAUUGAGCAGGGCCACGAGGAGGUAUCCCCCUCCUCCGUCUUUGCCGUCGCCUGUAUCCUGGAGAACGCCCCCUUCAUCAACGGCUCUCCCCAGAACACCUUUGUCCCUGGUGUGCUGCAGCUCGCCGAGAAGCACAACGCCUUCAUCGGUGGCGACGACUUCAAGUCUGGCCAGACCAAGAUGAAGUCGGCCCUUGUCGACUUUCUGAUCAGCGCCGGUAUCAAGCUGACCUCCAUCGCCAGCUACAACCACCUGGGCAACAAUGACGGCAAGAACCUGAGCUCGCAGAAGCAGUUCCGCUCCAAGGAGAUCUCAAAGUCCAACGUUGUCGACGACAUGGUCGAGGCCAACCACGUCCUCUACAAGGAGGGCGAGCACCCCGACCACUGUGUCGUCAUCAAGUACAUGCCCGCCGUCGCUGACAACAAGCGUGCCCUCGACGAGUACUAUGCCGAGAUCUUCCUCGGUGGUCACCAGACUAUCUCUUUGUUCAACAUUUGCGAGGACUCCCUCCUGGCCUCGCCCCUCAUCAUCGAUCUCGUCGUCCUCGCUGAGAUGAUGACCCGUAUCCAGUGGAAGGCCGCCUCGACCGACGGCGCCGCCACCACCGAGUACAAGAACUUCCACUCCGUCCUCAGCGUGCUGAGCUACAUGCUCAAGGCCCCCAUGACGCCCCCCGGCACCCCCGUCGUCAACGCGCUGGCCAAGCAGCGUGCUGCCCUGACCAACAUCUUCCGUGCCUGCGUUGGCCUCGAGCCCGAGUCUGAUAUGACGCUGGAGCACAAGCUCUUCUAAGCAGCUCGGUUGGUCCUCGAUGAGGAGAAGACGGAGGAGAAGACGGAGGAGAAGGAACACUUUCGAUUCGAAUGUUGAAUGAAGUCUGUCGUUACCAAAAGAUUGAACUACCCCCUUUAGUCAGAUUGAUGACGGCCUUGGCCGUCGGCAUAUGAAUUAAACAAUCUGCAAAAUCAUGACC